AUGGGUGAAGUUUGUAAACCAAAAGAACAUAUCCUAUGUCUUCUUCCCUUUCCCGAGGAACCCAAGAUUUUGGAUCGGCUUCGACGAAAAUACGAUGUGGAAUUUACGUACAAGCAGAAUUCCUAUGGUUUAGGAAAGGCAUUGCAUCUUACGGAAGUUCCGGAUGAAACCUGGCACGAUGCUACCAUACUCGUUACACUCUCGUCCCUGCCACCCUCGGCCGAAAAAGCUAAAAAUGUCAAACUCAUCCAUAUCUUCAGUGCCGGCACUGAUAAGUUGAGUGAUACUCCCGUGUGGAAAGACACCAAGAUUCCUAUUACAAACUCGUCGGGUGUGCAUGGACCACAGAUAUCUGAAUGGGUUAUCAUGCAGAUCUUGAGCCAUUCGCAUAAGGAGAAGAUUAUGAUGGAGUGGCAGAAGAAACAUGUGUGGGGGGAUUUCAGAGAAUUGGGCGCUUUGAGAGAUUUGGUCGGUCAGAGGUUGGGGGUUUUGGGAUAUGGUGCAAUUGGAAGACAAACUGCUCGAAUUUGCCAAGCAAUGGGUAUGGACGUAAUAGCCUAUACAGCAACGCCCCGUACUACUCCUGAGUCUAGAAAAGAUGUUGGCAAAUACAUCGUCCCCAACACUGGCGAUCCCGACGGUACUCUUCCUUCUGCCUGGUAUUCCGGACUCGACAAAACCAGUCUGCACAACUUCCUCAGCCAAGAUAUUGAUAUUCUCCUGAUUGCCGUCCCAUUGACUCCUCAAACCCAUCACUUCCUUUCCGCCGCCGAGUUUGAAAUUCUAGGUUCCAAAACAAACGCUUUUAUUAUAAAUAUUGCGAGAGGUGGUAUUAUUAAUCAUGAAGAUCUCAUUACAUAUUUGAAGAAACCAUUACAUGAAGGAGGUUUGAGGGGUGCAGCAUUAGAUGUCACGGAUCCCGAACCGCUUCCUGAGGAUAGUGAGUUGUGGACUUUGGAUAAUGUGGCCAUCACACCUCAUGUGAGUGGGCUAGGAGCGACGACGUAUGCGCAGAGGAGUUUUGCGAUUUUGGAUGAGAACUUGGAGAAUAUAGAAAGGGGACGGGACUUGAUAAACUUGGUGGAUAGGAAAAAGGGGUAUUAG